GACGUUCGCGGUGACAGAAUCGAAUCGAAAGCACAUCGAGAGAAUUUCUAUAUCUAUCACUCGUUCUUCUUCGUAUAUAUUUUUGCAUCCGUUAAUAUUUCUUCUUUUUUUUCUUCCUUGUUGCGUCAGGGUGUUGGUGGUUCAUCUUUCUCUUUCUCUUUCUCCUUCUCUUUCGCUUUCUCUUUUGCUUUCUUUUCCUCUUUUUCUUUCUGUUACAUUUAAAUCCUUCAUUCUGGUGAGUCUCUUCAUAACGAGCACGAUAAAUCUUGGAUAACAAAGAAAGUGUAAUAAACGGUUAACGAUGAACCUCCCCGAUCAGGAGGUACCCGCUGCUACCGCAAAUUUGGGGAGAUUGCCAUCGGAUGACUAUGGAAGAUUAGCUGUACCGGUGCAAACGACGAGCAGCGACUAUUGUUCUCACAAUAAUUAUUCAACGUCUCAGACGACGAACGACGAGAAAACCCAAGCUGGAAAUGAAUUAUAUCCUCCUCAAGAUUAUACGAGACAAGAGUCUUGGCUUCAUGAUGGUAGCAGUUGUGAAACGGAGGGAAGCGAACAGUACGUGCCAGAGUUUCAUCAAAUACCAAAUGGUUGCGUGAAACAGGAAUCGGGGAAUUGUGAAAGGUCCCGGGAAGCUCUUUACCAUCCUCAAUACACAAUUUCCGUCGCACAUCCAUCCACCCUUAAUACUAAUUUUCUCGAUAUAAAUCCCAGUACUCCAGCUGAUUGUUUCGUAAACAAUAGGCUAAGUCCGCAGAAAAGUGAAUCUUUAAAGAAUGUUGCCGUAAAAGAAGAACCAACUGAUAAGGGUUAUCUCGAGCCGGUUUCUGUUUCCACUAUUUCGUCUUCGAUAACUCAGAGCUCUCAGAACGUAAACAGCUUGGUUUAUCCGCAACAACAACAAUACGGGAUUGGUACCAGAGAAAGUAGAAGUUCACCGAUACCCAGUCGACCAGCCAGUGCUUUUUCCGGUACAUCGCAAUGGCAACCACCUAUUUCGACUCCGUCAGAAAGCUUUUUACCGCGACAAGAAGGCUGGACGUCUGAUGGCUAUGGAAAACGUAGUAUAACUCCGACCUGGACCGAAUUAGGAGUUCAAGCGGAAUCGAGAAAUUCGUCGUGGGAACGACAAAAUAAUUGUUUGCAAAAACGAGGAUCACCAUCAUCUUCGUGGAGCUCAGAAUACAUUAGCAAGAGGCCAUCGUCGACUAGUGCGACAACUACUUGGAGCGAUGUGACAGUUGGCUAUCAACAACAAAGACGAGGAUCUCUUCAGCUUUGGCAAUUUCUUGUCGCACUGUUGGAUGAUCCAACGAAUGCACCUUGUAUUGCUUGGACCGGUCGUGGCAUGGAAUUUAAACUUAUCGAACCGGAAGAAGUAGCGCGUAGAUGGGGUGUUCAAAAAAAUCGACCGGCAAUGAAUUAUGAUAAAUUAAGUCGUUCCUUAAGGUAUUAUUAUGAGAAGGGGAUAAUGCAAAAGGUGGCAGGGGAAAGAUAUGUUUACAAAUUCGUAUGCGAUCCGGAAGCUCUUUUUAACAUGGCUUAUGGAACUGGAGGAACUCCUGCACUUUCCACCGAAGUCCAUAGUAGCAUGGUAAGAACGCACACAAUGUCGGGAAAGACGUGUACCACAAGUGACAUAACCGAGCUUGGUAAACAUUCUACAACCGGUUACGGUGAUGCUGUUCUUGCUAUGUAUUCGAACACGGCUGCAGUUUAUGGACCUUCCACUUUGCAUCAUCUGCAUCAAUACUUGGGUGCUAACGAAGAUUUUAAAACACCGACUACCAGAUAUCAUGCGCAUUACUCUGCGCAAUACGAUAAUCACCAUCACCAUCAUCACCACCAUCAUCAUCAUCAUGCUACUUCAGCUUAUUCAGAAACUUUUAUAAAUUAUGGUCGAUUAUCGACGCUAGAACAUCCCCUUGACAUCAGAUCCCAAGAACAACCAAAUAAAACUUCGUAUAAUCAUGAAGGAGAGAAUAUCAAUAGAGAACGAGAAAACUUACCGAUCAGCUAUGACGAUACGCAGAGAUCACAGUUACCAGCACCGUCGGCAACAACGGAAACUACAAUAUUGGACAGCAGUACGAAUUCGAAAAUCGAACAAGCACCAUACGCUUGUUUAGGCGUUGGUAGCUGCGUUUGUUGAAGAUAUAUAAAUUUCUUCAAUAUCCUGAAUGUUCAUCGAUAACGAGUUGAAUGUUCUUUGUCGAAAAAAAAAGAAACAAAAAAAAAUAAGUUUCCUUCACCAGCGAAUUUUUCGUAGAUCCCUGUGUAAAUAUAUUUAUUCUUUUGCAUAAGUCUUCGAUGAGAUGGGAAAGAUUCGUUUAGUUAGAAAUUAUUAUUUUGUCGAAACGAAGAUUGAACGUAAUAGAACAUUCUCUAGAUAGAAAAUUCUGUUUUUCUUUUUUUUUUUUUGUCAGAUCUGAUACGAUAUGUUGUAAUUUAUUCUGUAAAUAGGCUAAUAUAAUAAUUAACUUUAGCAGGCUUUGUUACUCGAAUUAAUUGUAAGUAUAUCCUCUGUGGAAUUGAAAUAAUCAUAAUUCGAGAGCCUCGAAAAAUACGUACGUAUAUAUAAUAAUAUUUAUCGAUAGACGCUUGCCUUGCGAGGUCUGAUCAGGACUAUCUUUUCUUCGGAAUAAUAUCUCGCGGUCAUUGCUUAAUAUGACGUAAGUCCACGACAUCGUACGCGGAGGUCGAGUGUAUAUUUCAGGCUCUGACACACCUCAGGACAUGUUUAUAUUUGCCUCUCGCUCUCGCGCAUUAGGUUUCUAUAGCGUUAGAGCUAUGUUUCUCCCACCCUCAUGUAAGCACACAGUGGCAACUAUAGUCGGUGACUUAAGCUAAACGGUGAUGGGUUCGCAACUGUCACUCUGAAGACAAAA